AUGCCCCUCCAAUACCUCCAAGAACUCCGCCAGGCAUUCAACGCCAAACCCUCUGACCUCAAGAAAUGCACAGAUCUACUACUCAAGCUCAAGCUCCUCCUUGUUGAGCAGAACCUGCUGUUCCCUCAAGAAAACGUCCCAAAAGAUAAGCUACGGGAAGCUCGUGAGGUUCUCGAAAUCGGGGCCUUUGUUAGCAUCCGAAGUCGCGAUCUGCCUGCUUUCGACCGUUAUUUUGCACAACUUCAGACAUUCUACACGGACUUUGUUGAACUUGAACGAUCUGAAAGAGAAUACCCUAUCCGCGGCCUCAACCUCAUCCACCUGCUAACUCAGAACCGUAUAGCGGAUUUCCAUAUAACACUCGAAAGCCUUGAUGCGGAAGCUAUUUUGGAUAACGAAUACAUUAAACACCCUGUAAAUCUCGAGAGAUGGCUGAUGGAGGGUAGCUACAGUAAAGUUUGGAAUGCACGAGAAGAGGCUCCUGCGGAAGAAUAUAAAUUCUUCGUGAACAGUUUGGUGGGCACAAUCAGGAAUGAAAUUGCCAGCUGCCAGGAAACAGCGUACGAAAGCCUACCUCUUAAAGAUGCCGCGACAUUGCUCUUUUUCACCAAUCAGUCAGAAUUGUUAACCUUUGCACAAGCCCGAGCUUGGGAAGUCAAUCUGUCAGCCGGUACAAUCAUUUUCAAACGGAAGGACGAGGAAAAGAUGGAAAUCCCAAAACAACGCCUUAUUUCUGCAUCCCUAGCAUAUGCAAGAGAACUCGAACAGAUCAUUUAG